CUCAGAUCUACAACAUUCAGUCUUCCUCAACAACUCCGAGUAACAAUCACAAAUAUAUAACUGGCCCUGAUCUUUCCUCCCAUGAGCUGUGGCUGGCACUGAAAGCAAGCAUCAAGCAUGACUGGCGACUCGAAAGCAGCAAUCCCCGAAUGGCAGCGCAAAGCCUCGUCGCUGAGCGACACCACAAGCUCCGACGACUCCUCAGCGGACGUUGACACCCCCGGCAGCGAGACACCGACAAAUUUCUCAGAAGACAGCUCUUCCGAGGCCAAGUCCAGUCUCCUAGAGCAAGCAAAGACUUUCCUCUCUGAUCCCUCUAUCCGCAAUGCGUCGACCACGCGCAAGAUUGAAUUCUUAGAAUCAAAGGGCCUUAGCGGCCACGAGAUCGAGGCGCUGCUUGGUGUCACCCGAAACGAGGAGGCUUCUUCAGUAGCUUCGGCAAAAGAAGACAAUAAUCGACAUCAAGGCCGCACGACUGCGCCGCCGGCAGAGAGUAGCACAAUCUCUCAGACGCAAACCUCAACCAUAUCCAACGCCACUGCCGCUGCGACCGCGUCAUCUUCCACUCAACGAGAUAUACCUCCCAUCAUAACCUACCCCGAAUUCCUUGUAAAUUCCUCCGCCCAAAACAACAAGCCUCCGCUUCUUUCCCUCCAUGGCCUUCUCUACACGCUAUACGCCGCAGCCGGUCUGGGCGCAACGAUCUAUGGUUCAAGCGAGUUCCUCGUAAAGCCCAUGUUGAAGACAUUGACUGAAUACCGCCAUGAGCUGGCCGAGUCCGCCCUGAGCAAUCUCGCUACUUUGAAUGAAAAGCUGGAGCAGAAUGUUUCGCAGGUUCCUCCGUACACGACCUCCAAGUCAAAGUCUGGAGACAAUGACGAUGUCGACGACGGCGACGACACCGAAUCAAUAACAUCAGACCCGACAGAACUUUUCCACAGAGAUGUUGCCACACAAACAUCCGCAGACUUAAUGACUGACGAGGCUGCAACAAAAAAUGACCCGAGUUCCUCAGAAGAAUCCAACACCAAAGUCAUUGAUACCCAUACGCAAAGCCUCUCCGUCCUCACCUCCCAUCUCAAAGAAUUUCUUUCCGACCAUACCUCCUCACGUGAAGUCGACGACUCUGCCCGGGAUAAAAUAUCGGAUUUACAAUCUUAUCUGGAUGGAUUGACAUAUUCGUCGUCAAGCAGCUACCUCGGGGGUAACUCCAUGUAUAACAUAUACGGCUCUUCCGGUGGCGAUGCAAAUCGGAAUAGAAGUGGGAGUACAGGGCGCAAAGAGGAAGACGCUAUUGCAACUUUCAAGGCUGAAAUCAGAGGCGUCAAAGGCGCCCUACUGAGUGCUCGAAAUUUCCCGGCAGGAAGAGCUGGCAUUACUAGAUAGGCUGUUGUUGGAUUCCUCCUACUUUGGUUUAUUUUAGCUAUAAGAUAUUAUUUUGUAUAACUACGCUACAGCGAUCAAAUGUGUGACCAGGUCAAUC